UUUUUUUUUUUUUACAGGUAUCUUUUUAGAAGCUGCGAACGCUUCAUUAAACACAGCAGCCGCUCCUGUCUAUUAUAAUCUGGCUGGUGUGAAUGGAGGCGUCUGCGCCGGGAUACUGCAGGUCUCCAGCCCAGGAAAGGAGGGGCUUGUCUGCUAUGAAUCGAUGGAUUCUGACACAGCACGGAAGGUUUGUGCAGAUCUGAGGUGUGGAGAGUUUAUCAAGCAUCUAGGCCACGACCUAGACGAGAGAGAGACCGGAUCAAGAACCACGUGGAAUUUGAUGAUGCAGAGCACGUCCGAUCCGAUUCUGCGGCCGGCAGUCUGCGCGCGGAGGAAAGUCGCUCAAGUCCGUUGUCAGAAUCUGACUCACCCAUUGAUGAUCCGUGUGAAAGGCAAUGCUUUUGGGUGCGCUGGGAGAGUGGAGGUGAACCUUUAUGGGGGGGACGGCUACUGGGAACCAGUGUGCUCCAGAGAGCAGUGGGACUGGGAGCGUGCUUCGGAGGUGUGUCGGAGCGUGGGGUGCGGGAGGGUGAAGGAAUUCCAGGCAGGAGGGAUCGAGAACAAUAGAGGAGGAGUCAGCUGCCCGAGAGGCAUCCCUCUGUCCAACUGUAGAGCAGAUCUGAAACAAGAGAGAAGCUGCACACCUGCAGAGAUCAUCUGUGAGGUUCCUGCCAGCUCGCUGCCUGUGCGUCUGUCAGAAUCGGGUGCAGCUAGGUGUUCUGGGAUAGUGGAGGUCUCUCUCUCUGGCUCCUGGAGGGGGUUGUGUGGAGGGCAGGGCUGGUCCCUUGAGACAGCUUCCGUUAUCUGCCGGGAAUUAAACUGUCAGGAAGCCCUGGAAAUCCAACCUGCCCAGAUCGGGAACGACAAAGAGAUACAGGGAGUGUCCUGUCCGGAAAACAAGGACAUCCGACAAUGCCACGACCAUUUAGAGGAGAGGAGAUGCACUCCAGUGAGGCUGAUCUGUAACAGUUCAAGUCCAGAACUGGCCUUUACACUGUCCGACGGCCGGAGCAAAUGCGCUGGAAACGCCAGCGUCUUCUACGAUGGGACGUUUCAGCCGGUCUGCAGAGACAGCUGGAGCGAGGACUCCGCGUCCACAGCCUGCCGGCAAUUAAACUGCGGGCGCGUGAAGACGAUAUCUGCGGACCGGUAUGCCAAGGUGAGGUCCGGACUGCACUGCGGGCGGAACCACACAAGGCUGGAAGACUGCUGGCAUUUUCUGGAGAAAAAAUCCUGCAGCCAGGCCAUGGUCAUCUGUACAGGUCAUAAAGAAGUCAUUGAGAGCAAAGCAGGUCAGAUAGUAAGAAAUGUGAUCCGUUAUAUUCUGAGCGCUGUCAUCCUCACUAUGAUCGCAAUCAAAUGUGGCCCACGAAUCUACAAGAAACUACGCAAAAAAGUCUUUAGAAAGAAUGAAAGGGAAUGGAUCGGACCAACACAGAGUCAGAGUGUGUUCUUCCAUCAGAAUCGGAAUGUACUUCAGCCCAGUCCGAGACCCCCCUUCCGGUCCGAUCACUGAGAAUGCGACCGGACAAAUUUAUUUCUAAACUUUUUUUUCAAAUUUCAGCUGCUCCCCAAAAACCAAUGAAAUCCAGGGUAAAGGCAGAUAUUAAUUUUUAUAUUUUAAAUUGGUGAGAACUCGAUUUAUUGGAGGAGCGACAGAACCCAGAAACGCUUGGAAAAUACUGAAGCAAAAAAACACACGAGGAGAGGAGGAGGAAGAGGAGAGGAAGAAGAGGGGGAGAGGAGGA